AUGAUGAAUAACAACGGGUUCAGUACAGGGGAAGAAGAUUCCCGAGGACCAGCAGAUCAAAUCUGCUGUUUGCUUGACGAUGGCGAGCGAUGCCGGAAGCAGGCAGGAAAUGCUUCCUACAGCAAACGAAUCCAAAAAACAGUCACCCAACGAAGGCUGAAACUCAGCAUCGACAGCCAUGCUCGGCACAUUUACAUCUGCGACUUCCAUAAGGCGCGAAUACAAUGCGCUCGCACUAAACGACGCCGGCGUGAUUCCGAAGACGAUAGUAACGAAACGGACACCGACCUGCCAGAAGUUGAUCUGUACCAGUUGCAAGUAAACACGCUCCGCCGGUACAAACGGUUCUAUAAGGUGUCUACCCGUCCAAGCAGCAACAAGGCACAGCUAUCGGAGACAAUCAUGAAACACUUCAAGACGAUACCGAUAAAGGAAAAAGAAAUCCUCACCUACUUCAUUUACAUGGUCAAAUCUAAUUCAAACAAGUUGGACCAGAAGAACAAUGCGAAUACCGAAGCCACCUGAAAGUAGUGAUUAAUGCUCAUGAUUCGCGGUAGCAACAUGUUCAAAGCUGCUGUUUGGGAGCGGUUCAUCGCAUACCGAAUGUGCAACCGGAAGCAAUCGGCCACCUUAGGAAACAUAUAACAAACGACGAAUCGUCCGAAUAUCCUAGAUGUAAUUUUUAAACACUUUUACCCUAUCUGUGUCGAAGUUAGAUUUUUUCCCCUAUGUCCUGCGUAACACAUCUGCAUCUUCCGUUCGACAAAUUAUGCUCGAACCGUUGCUUAACAAACCGCAUGCGUUUAUAAAUAAAGUGCGUUUCGCAAUAACG